AUGAGUGAUGUCGAGGCAGCCUCCCUACCAGCUGCUCUGGACGUCGGUCACAACACGCUUGCUGCAGUGAGGCCGGACUCGGCAGGCCCCCCAUCGCCCGGAAAAGCCCCCAAGACAGACCCCCCUUCCCGGGAAAGCAGCCAUGGGCCGACGCAGCAUGCGCGAUCGGAGGAGGAUGGGCCGCCUAGCCCCAGAGCGGACUCGGAGGCAGAAACUAUAAUUCAGUCGGGUCGCGAGUCGUUGUCGCCGGAGAAGAAGAGGAAACAUAUCAAACACGACCCGCAGCGGCUUGCGAUCGAUGGUGUCGAUGGAAAUAAACGGAAGAAGCCGAGGGUGGAAGAUGAAGGAGCUCGAGGUUCGCGUUCUCCUAGCCCGCUGGAGAGGGUGGGUUCGCCGUCCGCGUCGGUGGUCAAGAUCGAGAAGGUGGAUGAUCCCCACUCCAUCACAGACGGGCGGGAUGUACCGGAAGAAGGCGCUGGACAGGUAGAACGGCCACGCGGUUACCGCAAGAGGAGUUUCAGCGACAGUGUCGAUGAGCAACGCGAGCGCCGUCGUGCCGACUCGCAGGCCUCGAUUGUCCCCCCGCGAGACCUCAAACAUCCCAACCAUACACACUUUUCACAACCAACCUCUAACACAAGAUCUCUCUCGCCAAAUCGCCCUUCUCACCAGCGAACCGCUUCUGGGUCCCAGUUCCCUACCAAGAAGAAAGCGCCGACUCCUCUCACGGGCUUCCAGCGACAUGGCUCGGAAGACAGGCAAUCCACAUCCUCUUCCGCCAGCGGCUCUCCGUUGCCCGGAGCCCAUCUUCGGAGAUUGGGCUCCGGCGCGGGUGCAUCCGCAUCGCCGGCGAAACAAAUGGGCCCCAAGAAGCUACGCGAUAAGAUGGUGAUGCGCCACGCGGAGCGACCGGGAGAUUUGAAUAUUCCUGAUAAUGCCGGAAACACACCGUUGCAGAUUGCGGCUCUGAAUGGCGAAACAUCGAUCGUGAAGUUUUUAUUGGAUGCCGGCUGUGAGAUCAACACGAAAAACAUCGACAAGGACACUCCGUUGAUUGACGCGGUGGAAAAUGGGAAUGCGGACGUGGUCAAGGUUUUGCUCGAUGCAGGCGCAAACCCUCGGACCGUCAACGCGGAGGGCGAUGAGCCUUAUGAGCUUGUUCCAUCGUUUGUCGAUGAUGAAGAGUACGAGGAGAUGAAGAAAGCUCUUGCUGAUGCCAAGGCAACUUCCCGACCUGGUCGACGAUCCGAAGAACAGAAUGGGUCGGACAGCAGGGAACCUCGAUCGCGGCGACCCCCUCCCAUGGGCGCAUCCAAUCGACGCAAGACAGUCCGAAGCGAAGCCACAAGGAACGAUUUGUUGUGGACAAAACCCACCUUUGAGAAUCUUCGAGAGUUUGCAGCAAAGGGCGAUGAGGCAGGGGUGGUCAGCAUUUUGAAUAUCUUGCAAAAGGCCGACAAUGCGUCUUUGAUUGCGGCUGCAAAAGGUGGCCAUCAUGAUGUGCUGUCCCUGCUGUAUGCCAUGGGCAAUGCAGAUGCUGAUCCAAACCCGCUCCGUGGUGCCGGCCACAAAUCUGGCUAUAAUACCCCCAUGUUAGCUGCCAUCGGCCGCGGAAACACCGGUGUCAUCCAACUGAUCUUGAACCAACCUGGGUUCAAUCCCACCCGCCGACUGUUCGAAGAUCGAACGUACUUUGAACUAUCUCGAGCCCGCCAAGGGGAGAAUUGGGAAGAAGAACAUGAUGUGUUGAAGGCCGCUUACCAAAACUACGCAGGCCCUGACAAGGGCCGCAAGGAUGGCUUUUCAUCGCCCCGACGACCUCGUGUGAAGGGCAAGGAUGACAAACGACCAGCACGUCGGCGCUCAUCAUCUCCUGCGGCGCGUCCGAGAAAGCGACCCGACAGCCCCAAUGCCAACCGUCCUCGCGAUUCUUUGAAAGAUAUCGACGCAUUGAAAGAGAAGAGACGUGAAAAAGAGAGGCUUAACGCAAUAAAUUCCCGCGCCAAGGCCUCUCCCAAGGACACGAGUGACAACGCACUCGCUAGCUCUGAUCAUGACUCUGCUCGCCCUGAUUCCUCGAAACCCUCAACGACACUUACAGCACGAAGAGACAGCGAGUCCAGUGGCGUGGCACGCAAUGAUGACGGUCGAAAAAGACGGCUGAUUGCAGGACGUCGCCCUCAGGAUCGUGAUCGUCGAUCCAGCCUCUUUUCAUCGGAUUCGCUGUCCGGGCGUGAAGAAGCACCCAAGUCUCGAGCCGAUAUGGCCCCUGAUUCCAUCUCAUCUCUGAAGCGCAUCCGCACUGAUACGUCGCCUGAGAGAUCUCGCUCCCGUGGCGCAGAUAGCGACCGGCUGUCCCCCGAGACACGAAAGAAGAAGCGACGAGUCUUUUCAGACGAGAGACCCAGUGGUAUCAAUGGCAGUGCACGAAAUUCCGAUGAUGCGCCUGAUGGGCAUAAACCUCAACCCAGACAGACUCAUGAGGAAUCUUCGCGACCAGCAGAAACCAUCCCACGGAAGUCUACUACCGAACCCUCGAAGAAAUCAACUGUUCGUCAGCAAUCUCCCGACUUACCCGCGAAGAAAAAUGGGGAUGUGAAAUCGGAGUCUCAAGGGCCAGACCCCAACCCCCACCUCGUGGACGAUAAUGCCAAGGAUGAGAAGCGAGUUGAAAAGGAUACCGAAGAGCGUCGACGGGCAGAGGCGAAGAAAGAUGAAGAGGAACGUGCAACAGAAGAAAAGCGGGUGGCUGCAGAAGCUGAACGUGCUCGAAUUGCCAAGGAAGAGGCCGACCAAGCAGCCCGCGUUGCCCGUGAGAAGGCGGAGGACGAGCGCAAGCGCAAAGAAGGCGAACAGCGUCGGGCUAAACAAGCCGAGGAUGAACGCCAAAAGCGGCUGGAACAAGAACGUGCUCGCGUGGCCAAGAUGCGCCGCGACCAGGAGGCACAGGAGCAACGACGCCGCGAUGCUCUCCCCAGUCGCCUCCGCGUUGCAGCCAAUCUGGUGGGAUCAAAUGAUUCCCGUGCGAGAAACCAUACGUGGCUGAAGAACUUCAUGCCCAUGGUGACGGCGCUUACCCGCCAACUUGAGCCAGGCUGUGCUGUGGACGUGGCCGACGAGAAGUGGAUUCCGAACUACUUGGUUGCUCCCCUGCUGGCGACCAAUGAUCUUCAACUCUCACAAUAUGCCAGCUGGGAGAAACGCAAGGCGACGCCGACCCAACGCAUGAAUCUCUGGCGAGUUACCCGACGCAUGCUAAUUCAAGCGGAUGACCGCGAGUUCUACGAUGCGUCGAUUGGAGAAAUCAUGCAGAAGGAUUGCGACACACGCCCCAAGUAUUUCGAGAUGGAGCAUGUGUUUUGGAUCCGACUUUCUGAUUUCAUGGACCUUGUUCCUCACAUCCCUCAUCUGAAUGGGCUCGAAUUCCAGUUCCUGAGCAUGCACAUCGAUCAGGAACCGGUACCGGGUACGUUCGGAUCUCUUCAGCCCAACGGUCACGCGCCGGAGACCAACGGUUCUACGUUCCUCAAUGGGUUUGGCCCUUCUCGGUCUAGUACAUACGUCUAG